UUGGUUCUGCUGGUUCUGGAGGCUCGACCCGGAUCAGCCCCUCGGUUCUGGUUUCUGAGGAAGUGUGAAUGGAAGGCCUUUUUAUAGUUUGUGAAAGUGGCGCCCCCGCUGGGCCGGAAGCAGCAGCAGCUCAGCUGCUGCUGAAUCGUCUCACUUCUUCAUUUCCAGCCGACGGAGACGCAGAUCGAGACCCGAACCUGAAUCUGCGGGGUGUGAAUACUUUCAGCUCACCGACCAGCAGCAGACCCAGAUGUCCCGCUCAGUGCUGCCCCUGCUGGUCACUCUGAGUCCGGCUCUUCUCUUCCUGCUGCUCCCUCGCGGCUCCGUGACGCAACAGGAACUGUGGAAGGACUACAAAUAUGGCCGCCACGGCGCCGAGCUGCUGCCGCGCAACUGCAGCUGGAGAUGCAUGGUGUUCACCCUGCAGUGGCCGGGGGGUUUCUGCCAGUCUUUGUACAAAGAGACUCAGUGCACGAUUCCUGAGAACAUCAGCAGCUGGACCAUCCACGGCCUCUGGCCUCUCCACGCCUUCUCCUGCUGCACCUGCUGGCCCAUCUUCCUCUCUGACCUCCAGGAGGUGGAGGAGGAGCUGAUGGAGUUCUGGCCAUCGCUCCUGAAAACCAAACCUUACUUCCAUUUCUGGAAGGAGGAGUGGCUGAAACACGGCUCUUGCGCUGCGUGUGUUGAAGGAUUCAACUCUCCUCUGAAAUAUUUCCAGAUCUGCCUGAAGCUGCGCCAUCACUUUGAUCUCUACAAGAUGCUGGCGGAAGCAGGAAUCACUCCGUCCUGCGACCGACUCUAUAAGGUUGCAGAGCUGCAGCAGGUCCUGCUGCCGCAUGUCGGACACAGACAUGAGAUCCAGUGCGUCAAAGACCAGCAGGACAGGCAGGUUCUGUUCCAGGUGAAGGUCCAGUUGACCCAGAACCUGACCGUCGGCUGUAGUCACCAUGGAGACGGCGGUCUGGGCCCCGGACUCCAGCCCUCUCUGGGCCACCCCUGCCCUCCGGACGCUCCGCUCUACUACCUCCCCAUCAACCACCAGGAGCCAUGGCGGCCCUGCGGCUGACCCGGCCCGGCCCGACAUGUCCUGCUCUGCUUUCCCUCCAGCUCGGACUCGGAACCGUCCAAAUCGAUGUUUGUUUUAGCUGUUAAAUCUAAUAAAAGGAUCCAACAGUCCGGUCCAGUUUUCUGACAGAACCUCAGAACACGCUUCGGUUCUGAUCCGACGGCUCACAUCCAAACCCAAUAAAUUCUGAUUCUC